AUGUCGACGGUUUUGUCAGUUUGACCAUUGGAAUUUCAUUCUUUCAUCUAUGGAAAAAGAAUAACCCCUAUAAUUAUGAGUUUUCUGUUUCAAGUCUCUCAUAUUUCACGCCCAUAAAUAAUAAUCAAUAAUUUGAUAGUUUUCGAACGUGCCCCUGUUUUUUGUUUUCAUCUUGCGUCAUUCUUUAAAUUCAAUAAUUUGAAAUCGUCUUUUCUCACAUCAAAAAUUUUAUGAACGAGAAAAAUAAAUCUGGUUUUGGAUCAAUUAGGAUGAACAACAAGAUUAUGUAAUGUUCUCACUUUCUAGAUGUAUACAUAAGAAUAAUAUCUGAGGGGAUUUCUUACGUGCGAAUGUUCUCUUAAAUGUUUUAAUAAAUAAACCUAAUGUUUUCUUUCCAGGCGAGAGAUGACCUCUACAAAUGUAGAGGAAUCACCAAGUAGCAGUAGUAAUCAAACAUCACGGCGUCUUAAUAUGGAGCAUGGUUUUGUAAAAUUUAUAUUGAGAAAUCAAAUUGAUCGAGAUGAAUAUCAUAAAAUUCAAGAAAAACGGAAGACCGAUAUCAAAGAAAGAUUGAAGAGAAGAACUUCGGCAGGAGCCGAAUUGACAAAUUGUUAUGUACCGCCACCACUUCGUAGACAACAAACUGAUUCAGAUAGUUCCUCAAGUGGACGAGGAUCGAUUGUAAGAUCUGAAUCAGACUCUCAAGAAGAUGAAAAAUCUUCACCAACUUCACCUGAGAAACCAUUACUUCGAAUUCGAACUGACAAAACUUUGGUAAGUAUUUUCAAUAUUUAUGGAAAAGCGUUUUUCGAAAAUAGGCUUGAAAUAUUAUCUUUUUUUUUAGAAUAAUCGUGCAAAAUCUAUGAUGAUUGAAGACGAAAAAGAAGAGAAAAUCCGAGAAGGUGUUCGACGUAGAUUCGAACGUUCCAGCGCAGCAAUCGAUGAUUUGUGCUCUGUUUUCAUAAAUUCAACAAUUCAAGAUAAAGAAGAAACGUCUGAAAAGUGAGUGAAUACAUAUUUCCACAAAAAUUAUUUGAAAAAAUCGUUAAUUUUAUAGAGAUAAUGGAAAAAGUCAAAGCGAGGACUUGUUCAUUAUUCAACUUCAUCUUCCAAAUGGUGAAGAUUUGUCCAUUACUGUUCCAAGGGUUAGUUUUUAUUUAUUUCGAAGUAUUCAUUCUAAACCUAAGUAAUUCAGACUGCCCAAGCUGCUCGUCUUGCAAAAAUAAUUUCACGUGAACACGGAUUUGAUGAUUCACAAUGUAGAAAUCUUCGUAUUUUUAUCGAAAAAGAGAUGGAAAAACGAACGAGUUGUUAGAUUUCGCUUCUAUUAAGAAAACAUAUAUGAUGUGUACAAAUAUAAUUUGACGGCGUCUGAAAAUCUAUUCACUUCAAACCAAAAAAAUAUUGGAGAAAUACGAGUAUAAUGAUUAUUACUUUCUUCUUUUUGUAUAUUUCCUCCAAACGCGUUCAUGUUUCAUCAGUAUUUCAGGGCAUUAUUAAUUGAUGCAUGUGCCUAAGAUCUUCGUUUUAUGGGUUACCAUUGUAUUGUUGAUAAUUCAGCACUUUGUUAUUUUUGGUGUUGUUUUAAUUUAGUUAUUUUUCUGUAUUUCUUAUCACCCAAAAAUGUUCUUUUUCUUUCUUUUUUUUCUUACCAUGGCUGUGUGUCCAAAAAAAAGAGACAAUAAAUGAUUUUUUCCUCCCAUCUGUUCAUUUUCUUUUUUGGCUUCAGCAAUCGUUCUCUAACGAUUUUAAUAUCUAUUUUUUUGUAUAUAUGUGAAAACAUAUCAAUUCCUUCAGCUUUACAGGUACAGAGAGAGAAAUAGAGCGAAAAGCAAGAAUUUGACAGGAAAAUUUAUUGAGGAAAGGAAAAGAAAAAGAGGUUUGAUAUUUUCGAAAUAAUUUAUUGAUUUUAUUUUUUUUGCAAAAAAUUCGAAAUAAAAAAAAGACAUCAGUUAUUCUGGUAUAAAUAUAUUUUUAGAAUCUUCAACCCAAAAACAUUGCAAAAUGACGAUGGUCAAAACAUUGGUUGCAUUGGCAACAGAAAGAAUGUUGCUCAAAACCAGUGGACCAACAUUUUUACGAGGAAUUGAAUUUAUGUAUGCAGCUGGUUUGGCACCUGAUCGAUUAUCAGUUAUGAUGACUUGUUCACAUAAAUUUGUACUCCAAUUUCAUUCAAAAUGUGAUAUUCGACCAUUUGCUGCUAAUUAUCCAAACUUUGCCAGAGUUUUGAGAGGAAUUGGUAAGUUGUUUUGAUGAGUGAAUAAUUGUAUUAUUUCAAAGCAUUUCUUUUUUAGUACAUGUUCGAGCAUGGAGAAUAAAAUCGAUUGAAUUCGUCAAUGUUGCAUUCCAUAUGCGUGAUGUUGAAAAUCUCGAAAGAGCUAUCGAAAAAUUAGGAGUAGAAUUGGUUUUGUUGAGAAAUUGCACAUAUCCAGGUGUCAGUAGAGGAGAAGAAGCUGUUAAAUUUUUAUCAGCUUUGAAUCGUAAAAAACAAGCAGUUGUUUGUGAAUAUGGAGAUGAUCGAUUGAAACAUAGAAUAGCAAGAAGAACUCAACAAAAUCGAGUUCGCCGACCAUCUCGACUUUUACAAGAUGGGGCAUUGGCUCGUUUGAAUGCAGAUGGUGAAAGAAGAGCUGAUGGAGAUCCACUUCCACCAGUUGGUGUUGCUUUACCAGCUGGACAACCUAUCGCACCGCCACCAGGACUUGCAUUACCAGCACCUGCUGCGGCUGCAGUUGCAGCUGCAGCUGGCGUUGCUGGAGGAAUUCCACAACCAAGACCAUUCAAUGAACCAUUUGAUCCACAAGUUGUUGCAAUGGCAAUUCAAUUGUUGAAUGAUCAACAAGCACAUUUGCAUGAAUUAUUGCAAAGAGGAGCUGCUGCUGGACAAGCUCAAAAUGGAGGAGGAGUUGGAGGAGCUGGAGCACAAGACAAUGCAGCACCAGCUGCGGCAAAUCAACAACCAAGAGCUGCAAAUAAUCCUGCCGAUCCUAAUGCACAACGUCAUUUACAAAUGAUGCAUUUACCGGUAUGAAAUAUUUAGAAAAUCAUAAUAAUUUGUUUUUUUUUUCAGCUUUAUCAAGUUAUGCAACAACCUGGUGGUGCUGCUGCUAUUUUAGGUCGCCCAAUAAGAUUCAAUCAAGCUGCUGGAGCACCAAAUCGUGAAGUUCGAUAUCAAAAUGCACAAAGAGCAAUGGCGGCUGCUGCUGCGCGUGCUGUUUUCAAUCAACAGGUUCAUCCAAAUGCACCAAUCCCUCAAAAUGCCGCACCGGAAGCUGAUCCGGAUAGUGAAACUGUAUGUUAUUUCGUUUGGUUUCAAGUAGUUAAUUUUUAAAUUUAGGAUGCUGAAAAUGAGGAAAUGGAAUUGGAUGAAAUUCCACGAGAAAAUGGAGCUGGUCGAGCUGGAGAAGAUGGUCCAAUGAAUGAAGAUUCAGAAGAUGAUGAAGAUGACAAUGGUGGAAGAGUUCCAGUUUUCGAAGCUGUCAGAGCAGGUACAUUUAUUUUAUUUUUUAAUUCUUGAAUCAAUCGAAUGGUUUAAUUUCUAGAUAAUGAGGGAGGUGUUGGACAUGAUGUUCUUGAACAAAUAAUGAGAGAUGCUGCACAAGCAGAUGAUAUUCAAAAUCGUGAAAUUGAUGCAAUUCUUGAUGAAGAACAAGAUUCUCCACAAGCAGCUCUUUUACAAUAA